CGUCCAUCAGCCUCUGGAUUAUGGAUCAGGAGCAAUGGCGAAUCCGAGUGUUAAAGGACUUAUUAGAGCCUCCCUGUACCCUUGGUCGCGUGCGCCCUCCAUCUCGCCUUUUUGACAUCCCACACAUCCUCAACCGCUUCAGCCAGCUACCGGCCGACCCUUUCAAGAUGGUCUCAGCUCUCUCAGCCGGUCUCGCCCUCCUCUCCGCCCUCCGGGCGGCUUCGGCGGCGUCGGUCGCCGAACGUCAGGCCACGGGCGCCUCGGAAUGCCGCGACGUCCACGUCUUCCUCGCGCGCGGGAACAACGAGCCGUACCCCGGCCGCCAGGGCAAGCUAGUCACCGCCAUUUGCGACGGGCUCGACAGCUGCGACUACGAGGACAUCCAGUUUUGGAACCCGCUGGAGUCGCCGUACUGCCAGUCCGUCGAGGAGGGUGCCGCGAACGGGACCUCGCAGAUCACCGCCUACAACAAGCGGUGCCCGGACGCGAAUCUCGUCGUGAGCGGAUACUCCCAGGGCGCCCACAUCGUUGGCGAUGUGUUGGGCGGUGGAGGCGGCACGUUCUUCCAGGAAUGCAAACAGAAGUCGAGUCCCGGUUUGGACGCGACGAAGGCGCCGGGGAACAAGAUCGCUGCUGCGCUCAUAUUCGGCGACACAAGACAUACCGCCAACCAGCCGUACAACUAUCUCUCGGGUGCCGGGGUCAACGGACUGUUCCCCCGUCCGGAGGACCAGCUUGCCGGGAUGAGGGCGUUCGCCAACGUGACGCGCUCGUACUGCGUCGAUUCCGACCCGAUUUGCGCCGUCGGCGACACGGCGGCCAACCACCUCAACUACUUUGACAUCUACUCCAGCGAGGCCGGGAAGUGGGUGCAGGAGAUGGUCGGAAAGGCGGACACGGCGGUCUCGUCGACGAGGACAAGCGCAUCGUCGUCCACGAGGUCCACGGCUCCGAGCAGCACGUCUGCAACCCCUUCUGCCAGCGCGACAGCCACAACAGCCUCGGGUUCCGCUUCACCAACGACCGAACCAUCAGCCACGGCGUCUCCAACGUCCGAUAACGCCGCGUCAUCCCCAUCUCCCACUUCGGAGAACGCGGCGGUGCCCUUGGCUGGUAGCACCUUGUUCAUGGGAGCCGUAUGCUUUGCUGUCUGUGCCGUGAUCGGAGUGGCCUGAUGUCGUUAAUCUAAUGUAGAGAAGAAUACUACUCGUAAUGAAUAGAACACACUCACGCAAAUCCGUGAACCUCCAUGCGUUCGUUUGGCCCACGGAGACACUCCCCAGCGUGAGAGGACAAAUGAA